GUGACUAUAAAGUGAGUAUUGUCAAAAUGGGAACCUCCGGUCAACCUGCAGCGGGUGACGGCAGUGUUCUGGGAACCUCCAUUAAUCCUGCAGCAGGUGACCUUAAUGUUCUGGGAACCUCCGGUAAAGCUGCAGUGGGUGGCCGCAGUGUUCUGGGAACCAUCACUAAUCCUGCAGCAGGUGACCGUAAUGUUCUGGGAACCUCCGGUAAUCCUACAGCAGGUGGCCACAGUGUUCUGGGAACCUCUGGUAAUCCUGCAGAAGGUGAUGGCAGUGUUCUGAGAACCUCAGGUAAUCCUGCUGCAGGUGAUGGCAGUGUUCUGGGAACCUCCAGUAAUCCUGCUGCAGGUGACCUUAAUGUUCUGGGAACCUCCGGUAAUCCUACAGCGGGUGGCCGCAGUGUUCUGGGAACCUCCGGUAAUCCUGCAGCAGGUGAGGGCAGUGUUCUGGGAACCUCCGGUAAUCCUGCUGCAGGUGACCUUAAUGUUCUGGGAACCUCCGGUAAUCCUACAGCGGGUGGCCGCAGUGUUCUGGGAACCUCCGGUAAUCCUGCAGCAGGUGAGGGCAGUGUUCUGGGAACCUCCGGUAAUCCUGCUGCAGGUGACGGCAGUGUUCUGGGAACCUCUGGUAACCCUACAGCGGGUGACGGCAGUGUUCUGGGAACCUCCGAUAAACCUUCAGAGGAUGACGGCAGUGUUCUGGGAACCUCCCGUAAUCCUGCAGCGGGUGGUCACAGGGGAAAGGUUCUGUUUGUGUCACUUUGCUGAUGUGUGCACUGAAGUUUAGAUCUUAAUCUAAAAUAACACCAAAAAAUGUGAUUUAUGCUCACUGAAUUUGAAGAACUUAUUGCUCAUCCAGAUGUUUAUUGCCAGAACACAGUUGGACAAUUCCACCAUGACGGAUGUUACAUUUGUUCGGGGCCGGAGCCAUUUUCAACCUGUCUCACACUAAAAGUUGAAGCCAUAAGUCCCCAAUUGUGUGUGUGGGCAAAGGGAAGAAAAGAUACCCAGUGAUGCUUCUGUUUUAUUUAUUUAUUUUUUUAUGAAAACAAAAAUAUUAGUGCGUCAGACUUUACAUCUUAUAACCGGUUAACCGAUUAACAUGACUUGCAGAUAAAAAGACAUUUUCAGAAAUAUUUUACUGAUUUGCUUAUGAAAAGAUGAAAUAAUCCAAUUAUUGAUGAUUUUACAUCAAGUUUACCCUUUCUUGCAUUUCUAUGUUUCAAAGGUUUUAGGACAUCUGAGAAAACUGUUUCC